AUUUUUUUCCAUUUAUGCCCUUUUCGAUUACGGAGCGGUGCGAGUAUCUGUUCCUUUGUCCACUUUACCUGUCAUUCCCUGUCUGUCCAUAUCUCUCGUCAGGUCCUUUCUCUCUCUGCUUCGUAUUUUCUGCAUUUAACAAGUAGGCUGCUCGAGACCGUCCGGCAGGCGGCGCUGAUGUGCGAAUCCGGUCUCCGAGUCUCCGUUCAGCGGCAGAGAAGAAGGCACUGCGGGAGAAGGGCACCGCGAUGGCGGCCUCCAUUAGACUCGGGCGGAGGAGCGUUUUCGUCGCUCUGAGAGCCAUAAAACCGAAUAAGCUGACAGCUCAGAACAGACUAAUAAUUCAGAAUAAAUGUCAGCGGGCGGCGGGCUGGACCGGAAGCGGCUUCAGACACCUGUUUGUGUCUCCGUCAGUGUGCGCAGGGGUCGCUCCUCUGAAGGUGCAGAUGCCAGCGCUCUCGCCCACCAUGGAGGAGGGCAACAUUGUCAAAUGGCUGAAGAAAGAAGGUGAUGAAGUGGCCGCAGGUGACGCUCUCUGUGAGAUUGAGACGGAUAAAGCUGUGGUGAUCAUGGAGUCCAGUGAUGAUGGAAUCCUUGCUAAAAUACUUGUGCAGGAGGGCAGUCGAGGUGUGCGUUUGGGAACUCUCAUCGCGCUCAUGGUCAGUGAAGGCGAAGACUGGAAACAGGUGGAGGUUCCGGCGCUUGAGGCCGCGACGCCCGCCGCAGCCCCGCCCACUGCCGCUGACCCCGCCCCUCCUCUGGCGGCUUCAGCGCUCAAACAAUUGCGUUUGAGUCCAGCUGCAAGACACAUUUUGGACACUCAUGGUUUGGAUCCUCAUCUGGCAAAAGCUACAGGUCCACGCGGCCUCAUCACUAAAGAAGACGCUCUGAAGCUGUUGGAUCAGAGUGAUAAAGGCCGUCCGGCUCCUCCGGCAGCUGCGCUCGCUCCUCCUGCUCCUCCUGCUCCCCCUGCCCCGCUCACGGUCGCUCCACCCGUCGCCCCGAGCACCGGCCGCCCCACCUUCCCCCCCGUGUCUGUGCCCGGAAAACCCGGAACGCCGGGCACGUUCACCGAGAUCCCGGCCUCUAACGUGAGGAGAGUCAUUGCGCAGAGACUGACGCAGUCCAAGAGCACCAUACCUCACGCGUACGCUUCGGUCGACUGUGACCUCGGGGCCGUCAUGAAGCUCCGAAAACAGCUGGCCACAGAGAACGUCAAGGUGUCGGUCAACGAUUUCAUCAUCAAAGCGGCUGCUGUGUCACUCAGAGAGAUGCCGGAGGUGAAUGUGAUGUGGUCUGGUGACGGGCCGCAGGCUCUCGACUUCAUCCACAUCUCGAUGGCCGUGGCCACACCGCGGGGCCUCAUGACGCCCAUCAUCAAAGAUGCCGCUAACAAAGGGCUGCAGGAGAUCGCCGCCACCGCAAAGGCUCUGGCGCAGAAGGCGCGGGACGGGAAACUGUUACCAGAGGAGUAUCAGGGAGGAUCCUUCAGUAUCUCCAACCUGGGCAUGCUUGGCAUCAGUGAGUUCAGCGCGGUCAUAAAUCCUCCUCAGGCGUGCAUCUUAGCCGUGGGCGGCACCAGGGCCGAACUGAGGUUGGCCCCCCAGAGCCCAGAUGGGCCCGUUCUCCGCACUCAGCAGCUGAUAACUGUGACUUUGUCUAGCGACGGGCGUCUGGUGGAUGACGAACUCGCCUCGCGCUUUCUGGAAAAAUUUCGCACGAACCUAGAGCAGCCUCAGCGCGCCGGUCUGCCGUAGAGAGGGGAAACGGUGAAUGCGCUCUGGUGUUAUGGGGCUUCUCUUAUACGUGCUAUUUAUUUGUUAAGAUGUACAUAGACAAGAGACUCAAGGUCUUUUGAAGGCCUAGGUCAACUAAUACUAUCAUUUGCAGCACAUGGAAAGGAACGUUCUGGUUAUUUUGCGACGGAGAAGCGUUCGGUGUAGUGCGUGAAAGUAAACCUACUGAUAAUCACAUGGCAAUGUUAAAGCACCUUUGUAGUAGACAACAUCUGUCACCUGAAUUAUCAAAUCAUUCUUCCAAGCCAUUACAUCAUGUUAGGACACUAUUUGCCAAAUAAUCCAAUAAACUCAUGUCUUCUGCUGUACUGAA